GGCCGAGAAAACAAAAAAAAAAAAAGUGAAAAAAACUCGUAGUUCUCUAGUCCCCACCGCACCACACAACCGGGUUAGGGUUUCCGCUUCCCGGAGCAUCUGGUUCGCCGCCGUCGACCGCCGCCGGUGACCGCCGCCGUCGCCAUGUCUUCCAGCGAAGACGAGCGCGGGACCGCCUCCAAGCACCACCACCGGGACAAGGAGAAGAACCGUGAGCACUCCUCCUCCCGCCGCCACCGUGAGAGCCGCUCCUCCUCUCGCCACCACCGCGAUGACAGGGACGGCGAGCGGGACCGAGAUCGCGACCGCAAGCACAGGGACAAGGAGAGGGAUCGCGAGGAGCGGAAGGCGAGGGAGCGGGCGGAGAAGGAGCGCGAGAAGGAGGAGAAGAAGGAAAGGGAGAGGGAGAGGGAGAGGGAGAGGGAGAGGGAGGAGAUGGAAAUGGAAAGGGAAAGGGAGAGGGAGAGGGAGAAGGAGAAGGAGAAGGAGAGAGAGAGGGCGCGGCGUCGAGAGGAACGCGACAGGGAGAAGGAGAAGUCCAGGAGGCGGGAUGCGGUUGACGACGAGGAGAACGGGGACCAUGACCGCAAGCAUCGCCGCCGGUCCUCGCACCACCAUCACCACCGCCGUGUUGCGGAGCCUGAGGCGACGCCACCGACUAGGGAGGAGGAGGAGGAUGGCGAGGAGGCGCAGAGGCGGCGGCAGAAGAAGAAGGAGGAAGACAUGGAGGCUGAACAGCAGCGGCUCGACGACGAGAUGGAGCGUCGUCGCCGCCGCGUAAAGGAGUGGCAGGAGAAGAAGCGCCUCGAGCAGCAGCUGCAGCAGCAGGAUGAUGGUGCCAGUGGUGUUGCCACCUCCAUGGAGACUGACGGUGGAAGCAAGUCUGGGAAGAAGUGGACCUUGGAUGGCGAGGAGUCGGAUGAGGAGGAUGCCAAGAAGUCGGAUGAGGAGGACUCCAAGAAGUCGGAGGAGAAUGCUGGCACUGACGCUGGUGCCAUGGAUGUUGACUUGCCUUCCAGGAGUAUUCAUGGGAAUAGCGGACCUGCUAUGGAGGAGGAUGAGAUUGAUCCCCUUGAUGCGUUUAUGAACUCCAUGGUGUUACCGGAGGUUGCAAAGCUUGAGAGUGCCCCAACAGCAAUGGCAAGCGUCCCUGCUGCCAAUGCAGGUGACAAGAAUGACAAGAGUGUGAAGUCUGCCACGAGUAACGGGGAUAAGAAAAGACCAAUCAAGGCGAUGGGAAGAAUUAUGCAAGGGGAUGACUCAGACUCAGAUUAUGAUGACGCUGAUAGUGAUGAGGCUGGUUCGGAUGAUGAGGAUGACACGGAGUUCAUAAAACGUGUCAAGAAGACGAAGGCAGAGAAGUUGGUUAUUGUUGACCAUUCCAAGAUUGAUUACCAGCCAUUCCGUAAGAAUUUCUAUAUUGAGGUGAAGGAUAUCACAAGGAUGCCAGCCGAUGAAGCGGCUGCCUACCGGAAGCUGUUGGAAAUCAAGGUGCACGGGAAAGAUGUCCCCAAGCCAAUCAAGACGUGGAUACAGAGUGGUCUGACAAGUAAGCUACUUGACACCAUCAAGAAGCUUGGUUUCGAGAAACCGAUGCCUAUACAGGCACAGGCGUUGCCAAUCAUAAUGAGUGGACGCGAUUGUAUCGGUGUUGCAAAGACUGGAUCUGGUAAGACUCUAGCGUUUGUCUUGCCGAUGCUGAGGCAUGUCAAAGAUCAACCACCUGUUGUGCCUGGGGAUGGCCCUAUUGGUCUCAUUAUGGCUCCUACAAGAGAGCUCGUGGUGCAGAUAUAUUCAGACAUAAAAAAGUUCUCUAAGGCACUUGGCAUCAACUGUGUUCCUAUAUACGGAGGUUCUGGGGUUGCCCAGCAGAUCAGUGAACUGAAGCGGGGUGCUGAAAUUGUUGUUUGUACUCCAGGCAGGAUGAUUGAUAUCCUUUGCACUAGCAGUGGAAAGAUUACUAACCUUCGAAGAGUUACAUUCUUAGUGCUGGAUGAAGCUGAUAGGAUGUUUGAUAUGGGUUUUGAGCCUCAAAUUACUCGAAUAGUUCAGAACACCCGUCCAGAUAGGCAGACUGUCCUUUUCUCUGCUACUUUUCCACGGCAGGUUGAGAUACUCGCACGUAAGGUGCUGACAAAGCCCAUUGAGAUUCAGAUGGGUGGGAGGAGUGUCGUGAACAAAGAUAUCACACAACUGGUUGAGGUGCGACCAGAAAGUGAGAGGUUCUUUAGGCUGUUGGAGUUGCUUGGGGAGUGGAUUGCGAAGGGAAAAAUUCUUGUGUUUGUACACUCACAAGAUAAAUGUGAUUCUCUACUUAAAGAGCUGUUCCAGCAUGGGUACCCAUGUUUAUCUCUACAUGGUGGAAAGGAUCAAAACGAUCGUGAAUCAACUCUUGCGGAUUUCAAGAGUAAUGUAUGCAGUCUGCUGAUUGCUACUAGUGUUGCUGCAAGGGGUUUAGAUGUGAAAGAUCUUGAGCUGGUUGUCAAUUAUGAUGUCACUAAUCAUUAUGAGGACUAUGUUCAUCGUGUUGGGCGAACGGGUCGGGCUGGUAGGAAGGGCUGUGCGGUGACUUUUAUAUCUGAGGAAGAGGAACGCUACGCACCAGACCUUGUCAAGGCUUUGGAGCUAUCUGAACAGGCUGUUCCACAAGACCUGAAAGCCUUAGCGGAUCGAUUUAUGUCAAAGGUUAAGCAGGGAACUGAGCAGGCCCAUGGAACAGGCUAUGGUGGAAGUGGUUUCAAGUUCAACGAAGAAGAGGAGGAAGCACGGAAAUCCGCGAAAAAGGCUCAGGCACGGGAAUAUGGAUAUGAGGACGAAAAGUCAGAUUCAGAUUCUGAUGAGGAAGGAGGUGUACGUAAAAAAGGAGGUGACGUUGCAGCACAGGCUAUUGCUGCUGCUCAAGCUGCGGCUACUUUGGCUGCCGCCAGGCAGCAAGUACCAGCCACAGUGGCAAACCCCUUGCUUCCUCUGCCGGUUGCACCUAACCAACAAAACAAUGAUGCUACAUUACGUGCACUUCAGGCUGCAUUUAACGUGCAGCAAAGUCUGGCAAGGAUACAGGCUCAUGCAGUUCCAGAACACUAUGAAGCUGAGCUUGAGAUUAAUGAUUUCCCACAAAAUGCUCGCUGGAAGAUCACGCACAAAGAGACAUUAGGUCCCAUUCAGGAAUGGACUGGAGCUGCGAUUACUACAAGGGGUACCUUUAUUCCUCAAGGCAAAGUUGUUGGUGCUAACGAGCGCAAGCUGUACCUGUUCAUCGAAGGCCCCAAUGAGUCUUCCGUCAAGAAGGCAAAAACAGAACUGAAGCGCGUCCUUGAGGAUUGUGCCAACCAUGCACUGAAUCUUCCUGGUUCUGCUCAAACCGGAAAGUACUCUGUUAUUUGAUCUGCAAACAUAUCACUAAAUGGUUCGGUAUCGGAGAUGGUGAAAUUUUCUUGAGAAGGUGGGUGUACUGUACUGUUGCCAGUGGAGGAAUGGAGGAUUAUGUUUGUGAGGUGGUGUGCAGCUGCUGGUGGUCGUAGAGGCUGAGACGCAGUUGAAUGCCAACAAUUUGCUGUAACGAUACAGGUCCCACUCUCUGAACUGUACCGUGUUGCUGCUACCUGUGGGAGUGGACUUUACUUCAUCCGUUCUGUACAAACAACCAUGAGUCUUGCAACUUGAUUGCAUUGUGCUGAAGAAGAGACAAUCAAAGAGGAGGUGCAAUAUUAGUUGACCGUGCAGUAUAAGUUGACAAUGACAGACGAUGUCUAUGGAAUAGUUGACGUUAUACUGCCUUAGUAUUAAGAUGUUGGUCGUUUUGUUGCUUAGAAUUUAUCUACUGGAUGUCUGCUAGCUGAGCUUCCUAAUCCGUAGACCACAUGCCUACCUGAGAUUUUAGGGGAUUUUGACU